CCGUCGACUUUUCCCGGUUCUCAUGACAUUAGGCUUUCAAAAUCAAAUUUCACGUCAACUACGGCGAUCAAAAACGACCCGUCUCGUUCUUACUUGAAAUCCGGCAGUUUUUCCUAUUUUUUCUUUUUGUUUUUUUGUGCCCUUCUACGUGUAUCGACAUGGUGGACUGUCCCGAUCCUCGGGGAAACAACGAGCCCGCACUGAGGACAUCAGAUUUCUAUAAAACUUGCACACUGCCGAAACGAUUCGAUUAUCCCAGCUGGUUUUACGGGUACGGAAUACAACGGAAUCCGCCGGAGCAUCCGUUCUACAGAACCACAUCUAGCGAUUAUGGAAGAUAUCCCCCAACAAUCCAUACUGUUCCAACAUCAUUUUAUCCAACCACACAAGACUUCAGUCAGGCCCUAGCUAAAGCAGGAAAUUACAGAAAUUAUUCUUUAAAUACCAGUUUAGACACGUAUCCUUCCUGAUAUUAAUUUGUUUCAAAAAUAUCAUCCAAAUUAUAAAUAUUCAUAUCCAAUAAAAUAUAUAUUACA